AAUUGUUUAAAUUAAUUUUAAAACAGGAAUUAGUCGCAUUAGCAGGCUACGCAGCGCGCGUCAGCGAAAUGUUAGAUGUGUUUAAAGAUGCUGCGCUUUGCAAGUAUAAAAGAAACGUUGUCACGACUAGCAGCCCAUCGAGAUCUCUUCCGAACGGCAAUGCUCAACAAUUCGCGGAAAAAGUACUCGAAUUCAAUAAUGGUACACCAGUGAUAAAAGGAAUCGUACGCGAAAGCAUGGAUGGUAGUAUAAGUCUAAUCAAUGUACCGAUAGUCACGCCUAAUUGCGAAAUAAUUGUACCUAACUUAACAGUGCAUGUAAGUAAUUUUGUUUUCACGAAUAUCGUUACAAAAGCGUCAUAUUCCAAAGUUUAAUAUCAAGGACAUAUGUACAACUUUUACAAAUUUUAUAAUAUUCACUUGUAUUAUACAUAUUUUUAUAUACUAUUAUACAUAUU